AUGGGUGAAAUCUCAAAUAACAAGGUUAUCAUUAUUGAAGACAUUGAUGUCUUCGAACAAUUAUUUGACGUCAAAAUUAAGGACUAUCAAAAAUUCAAAAAGUUCUUUACAAAGGAUAUUGAUGAUGUUGCAUUUGAAAUUCCGGCAGAAAUUACAAUUGUUGUCAACAAACGACAAGUCAUCAAGGAUGAGAUUAAACUAAAGGAGCAACUGACAGUGUCAAGUUAUCAGCCAACCAACCCAGUUUCUACCGUGCAACAAAAGUCAAAACUGUCACGCUCUGUUCAGAAUCCAUACCGAAAAGCAAUGCCACAAUUGGAAAAGGAUGUUAAGGAUGUUAAGUCGACACAUUACAACGGAAGACAAAGUCUUAUUCCCCAUAAUGAAGAAAUUUUUGGGUCCCCAAGAAGAGGGAAAGACGAAGGUGGAAUCGAACCUGUCUUACAAUCUGCAUUGAAAUCAGCAAACCUUACAAAAUUGAGAGCUUCACAAGCACCACUGGCUCAUCAAAUUACGAAGACAAUUUUUAAGAUGGCGAAAUGUUUUCAACUGCCUAAGCCAGCCUCUAAGCCAGUUUCUAAAUUGGGAAAGCCUGAACAAUUUGUUGCGCCAACAGACAUACCAGCUAUGAAAGAAGUAAGAAAAGCACAUAUAGCCGCACCUGUUGAAAACCCUACUGAAAACCUUGCUUUGAGAGAAGUAAGAGAAGCAGAUCCAGCAGCACUAACAGACAAGCCAGCUUUGAAAGAAAUGGGAGAAGCAGUUUCGGCUGCACCAAUGGAGAUGGAAAAUGGUGUCGCAAAUGAAAACCCAUGGACUAAGUCUACUUAUUACAGCAAAAGACAUAGUCUUAUUCCUCCGGAUGAAGACAUUUUUGAGUUGUCGAAAAGGGAGAAAGAUAAAGGUGGAAUCAUAUCUGUCCUACAAUCUGCAUUAGGUCUGAUGAAUUUAACAUCAAAAUUACCAUCACCAACACAGAAACGAGCACGAACACAAACACAAACACAAACAGUUACCCCUACACCUCCACCAGUCCCACCGCUAUUAAAUCGUCAUCAAGAAAUAUCCACACCCCGGCAACAGUCUCAAGAGCAACAUCCAAAUAUCGAUCCUUGCACGCACCCAAUUGAAAGCUCUAUAGAAUCUGAAACUAAGUUGUUGACAAACGUGACGGAUAAGAUUACAAAUUUUUUCAAAAUCAAGAAAAAGUCACGCAAUUCAACCAAAGAACAAACGCCAGUGGGUGGAGAACAAGAGGUGACUAAAAAGAAAAACCCAUAUGAAGGAAUGAUUGUCUACCCAAAGUACAAUCCUUACUCAACUAGCAUCACCCUUGUCGGUGAUUAUCGUUUCUAA